UAUUGAAUAAUUCAUGCUAAGCAUGGAAAGGCUGCCUUUUCCCUGGGUGAUGUAUAACUGAGCAAGAGAGUGCUUCGGAUGGGUUCGGUACAUCAGGCACCACUCUUGCUUCUGAGCAUAGGGUGCUACUCCUCUUGAGCUCAGCUUCUGCUUUUGCAGCCAAGCAUCCCUGAGGCUGCUGCCUGCCUGCCCACCUAUCUGGCUAUUUUCUUUACUUUCCCCAGCCCUGCUGCCAGCUGAGAAAUCUCCCUGCAGCUGCUGUUUCCUGCCUAGGACCAUAUGCGUGGAUGCUGCUUGGGACAAGUGGACACUUGCUCCUGGCACUGAUCCCAGCUGAGUUUCUCCUGUUGAUAUCUGGACCACAGAUGCUGCUGCUGAGGAGGUAUUUUCUGGCAUCCCUCCCUCUGCUACUGCCAGCUUAGGACCAACCCCAAAGCAAGGGAAGUGUCACGAUGGGCCGCGCUGCAAGAAGCCGUCGCUAGCGAGCGAGGUGUGAAGAGUUGGUCAGAAUGACCAACUCCUCCUCCACGUCCACCUCCUCCACCACCGGGGAAUCGCUGCUGCUGCUCUGCGAGGAAGAGGAGUCCUGGGCGGGCCGGCGCAUCCCGGUGUCCCUCCUGUACUCGGGCCUGGCCAUCGGGGGCACGCUGGCCAACGGCAUGGUCAUUUAUCUCGUGUCUUCCUUCCGCAAGCUGCAGACUACCAGCAACGCCUUCAUCGUGAACGGCUGCGCCGCGGACCUCAGCGUUUGCGCCCUCUGGAUGCCGCAGGAGGCGGUGCUCGGCCUCCUGCCCGCGGGUUCUGCAGAGCCCCCGGCGGAUUGGGACGGCGCGGGAGGCAGCUACCGCCUGCUGCGGGGCGGGCUGUUGGGCCUCGGGCUUACUGUGUCCCUCCUGUCCCACUGCCUCGUGGCCCUGAACCGCUAUCUGCUCAUCACCCGGGCGCCCGCCACCUACCAGGCGCUAUACCAGCGGCGCCACACGGCGGGCAUGCUGGCGCUGUCCUGGGCGUUUGCCCUGGGCCUCGUGUUGCUGCUCCCGCCCUGGGCGCCGCGUUCCAGCGGUACACCGCCGCGCGUCCACUACCCUGCGCUGCUGGCCGCCGCGGCGCUGCUUGCGCAGACGGCGCUACUGCUGCACUGCUACCUGGGCAUCGUGCGCCGCGUGCGCGUUAGCGUUAAACGGGUCAGCGUCCUCAAUUUCCAUCUGCUGCACCAGCUACCGGGUUGCGCCGCCGCCGCCGCCGCCUUCCCGGCCGCCCCACACGCUCCCGGCCCUGGCGGCGCUGCGCACCCGGCUCAGGCUCAGCCACUGCCACCCGCGCUGCACCCGCGGCGGGCGCAGCGGCGUCUCAGCGGCCUGUCGGUGUUGCUGCUCUGCUGCGUCUUCCUGCUGGCUACGCAGCCGCUGGUGUGGGUGAGCCUGGCCAGCGGCUUCUCGCUGCCCGUGCCCUGGGGCGUGCAGGCGGCCAGCUGGCUUCUGUGCUGCGCCUUGUCCGCGCUCAACCCGCUGCUCUACACGUGGAGGAACGAGGAGUUCCGCCGCUCCGUGCGCUCCGUCCUGCCUGGCGUUGGCGACGCGGCGGCCGCUGCUGUCGCCGCCACGGCCGUGCCAGCCGUGUCCCAGGCGCAGCUGGGCACCCGCGCCGCCGGCCAGCACUGGUGACCCGGCUUAGGCUGGAGGGAACCGGAGAUUCCCGGCUUCCAACUUCCUUGGCCAUCCUAGCCUCCUUCCCUCCAAAGUAUGCCCUGCCCGAAUGAAGACUCGCACUGUGAAAUCCAGUAACCCGGUGCGAUUUCGCCUUUGACCCCAGUGGGGUACCUGAACCAAGAUCUCUUUCGAAAUGGGGACCCCCAAGUGGACGGCCACCUUUGUUUCUGUGUUUUAAUAAAUCCUAGAAUCAAAACGCCGGAGACUUCAAGAACUUGCCAACUGGCAUUUUAAAAGAUCCGGUUAAUAAAUUUCAGCACCGUUUGUUUUUGAAAAAGAGCUUUGACAACGUAUUUAACCAUUGCCAUCUUCAUUGUCUUAUAAUAUAUAUGAAGCGCCUUGAGUGUGCAUGAACCAAAGGAAAUAAUAUUUAAGAGGUAUUUUAGAAACUAAUUUAUCUUUGAUGAUGUCUCUGUUACAAUUUAGCCUUUGUAUAUUAACCCAAAAGUGAAGCCACAUUUGUGCACACCGCUAUGAGUUGCCGUUUAGGCCUCAAGCCCUUUAUUGUUAAAGGGUUUUAUAAAGCAAAGUCAAUCUUGAAGGAAAUAGAAUCUUAACCAGUGAGAAAAAAUAUGUAAUAGCUUUUUACAUUCCUCAGACUGAAAAUUGCCAUUGAGUAUAACUAAAAAAAUUCCAGUUUGAUAAUUGGUGGCCUGUGCCAGCAACAGAAUUUCAAAAACAAAUAAGGGGGUUAUCUAUUUUAGGCACCAGUUUCACGUUUUCUAUAGCAUGCACACUUGUUGCUACCCUCAUUUAGUAACCGAUUUUCUUGCCUUAUGAGUGUGAUUGUAGCUCUAAAUAUUCUGUAGUAUAAUGAUUGCUAAGGAGAAUAAGUUCUGCUUUGUCUUUAACAUUUAAAAUAUCUCAAUGCACAUAAUAUAAUUAAACACUAAUAAUACCAAGAUUGCAUAACUAAAGUUAGCUGUUAUUGCAUGCUCCUAGAUGCUAGAACUUAUUGGGCAUGUAGUAUACUAAAGCAAUACCCAUUAGAAAAGGACCACUGGACACUUUACUUCUUCCAGAUACCAGAAGAAGUGGCCUUGUAUUAUUGGAAAAGAGACACAGAAACACCUCUGGCUUCCUAGAGAUCUUCUUCUCUUGACCUAAUUUGUGAGGAAACCCCAGAUUGGGACUUUAUCUGGCAAAUGGAACCACAGUCAAGAUGGAUCAAUCACAUGGUUUGAUUCUGCAAAGUGAUCUGUGCUCUUUAGAUAAGCUACACAUUAGAAAGCAACACUUUGUUUUUACGAAGUUCAUAUAUAUUACCAUGACAUUUAACAUUAAUAUUGUGUCUGUUGAAGGUCUAAUAACUGUUAUGCUUAAUGAACAGUUCAAAUGGGAAUCUGUUCUAAAAUAUGUUAUUUGAGGUUUGUCAUUUUUACCUUUGGUAUACUAAAUUUAUUUAGAAAUACUUGAAAUGCAAAAUUGUGUGAAACCACUCUAUAAAAUUAAAAUGGGAAGAAAGUAAUUUUAAAUGAUUAUAUAUCUGUAUCCUGACUGCUAAAGACAUCAAAUUGGGGACCAAACAUCCUCAGCUACUUGUGUAAUUUAGAAACAAAAACUGCUGGCUUUGGUUGCACUCCACCUGGACAUUUUAAGCCAGGAUUUUAGAGACACUUGCGCAUUUGAAUAAUCAUGGGAGUUGCGGGAAGCUUUGAAAUGUUUAUAGAAAACCAAAACAAAUAUGUUCAUCACAAAUACGAUCAGCAGUCAUUUUACUGAUCUAUCCCCUUUGUGCAUGCACCAUUUCUCUUUUACUACGAUUUCAUCUGUUCCCAUUUUCCUUGAUUCAAAUAUUUAAUUAAAAUUCAGAUAACUCUCUGAGUUUUUUUUUUUCUUUUUUCUUUGCUCUGAUUCUUAUUUUCUGCAUACCUCCAUGAGAACAUUACAGAGGACGUAUUAUUCCAAAGCACCAGUAAUGAAAGUAACUUCUUUGUGCUGGCUUUAUUUAAUUUUAUUUCUAGCUACCAUUUUUUUCUACUUUAUAUAAUUAAAUGUGGCCAGUAUUUCAGCAUUAAAAAAGAAACAGGUAUAAUUUGCUUUCUGUAAACAUGGUUGUUUGAGGAAUAGGCUGCAAUAACAACACAGAGCUGAGGAUUUUCCGUUUUGGGGGAGUAGGAUGUGUACUGGACACUUCUAUAAAAUCGUUUCCUUUAAUGUGGGCUUUAUCUGUUUAUCACUGUGAAUGCUGUGAAAGAUUUCUCCCACUGCUCCUGUAUUUGCCACACAUACAAACUCAGCUUUGCAAGUGUAGACCUGAUAUCUUGCAAUGUGUCCAGGUAACAUUGAAAACCAUCUUAUACUGGCUCACUGCCAGGUAGGAGACCUACUUUAGGUUAUAUUUACUGGUAAUUAACUCUGCAGGACUGAUUCACUUUUAAUUUCAAAUAGCAAUGAUGUGUCUAAAAAUGCCUUAGUAGGGCACUAGCUGUGAAUGCUGGAGUUAUUGCUUUUACAAAUUAAGUUAAUGGAGAUUGUGUUCUUAUUUAAAUGAAACCACAUAUUAUCCACACAGGAAUAAAAAAAAAUCCUAAUUGC